AUGAGUAGCAGCAAUUUGGAAACUCGCUCGCUUCUUGAUGAGCUUAGCAGCUGGGAAAAGGGUGGAUUUUUUGAUAUUGGUCACCCUCUCCUUAACCGGAUUGCUGAAAGUUUCGUCAAAGCCGCUGGGAUUGGAGCUAUUCAAGCUGUGUCGCGGAAAGCCUAUUUCGUUUCUCUUGAAAGUGCAAGUGGAGAUGCUGGCGUUCAUCCUGAGGUUGGGGGCGCCAAGAAACAAGGUCGAUUGUCUGGGCUUAGAGGAGAAACGAACAGGAACUCAGUUGAGGCCUUGGUGAAGAGCACUGGAAAAGAAUCUCUGCAAUGGGGGAUAGCUGCUGGGAUGUAUUCGGGUCUUACCUAUGGACUGAAAGAGGCCCGUGGAGUCCAUGAUUGGAAAAAUAGUGCAUUGGCUGGAGCAAUUACCGGAGCAGCAUUGGCUUUGACAUCGGAGGAUCACUCUCAUGAGCAGGUGGUGCAAGGUGCGAUAACAGGUGCAGCUAUCUCCACAGCUGCUAAUCUCCUCACAGGGAUAUUCUGA